CUGACGUGGCCCGUAUUGACAACCGUGUUUUCUGCUUGUUCUAAUUAAUAUUUAUUAUAUUUAGUUGUUUCACAUUCUUAUCUGAACGUUAAAAAUGGUCCUCCUUGCCGCUGCCGUUUGUAGCAAGACUGGCAAAGCCAUUAUUUCUCGUCAAUUUGUGGAGAUGACACGUUCAAGAAUUGAGGGUUUGCUGGCUUCCUUUCCAAAACUGAUGGGCUCUGGUAAACAACAUACAUUUGUGGAAACAGAAAGUGUUCGUUAUGUUUAUCAACCAUUGGAGAAGUUGUACAUGCUUCUCAUCACCACCAAGGCUAGCAACAUAUUGGAAGAUUUAGAAACAUUGAGACUCUUUGCAAGAGUCAUUCCAGAAUAUUGCAAAAACGUUGAAGAAUCAGAAAUAAUAGAGCAAGCAUUCCAGUUGAUAUUUGCAUUCGAUGAGAUUGUUGCACUUGGCUACAGAGAGAAUGUGAACCUCGCUCAGAUCAGGACUUUCACAGAGAUGGAUUCACACGAUGAGAGAGUUUUUGAAGCUGUCCGAAAGACUCAAGAGAAGGAUGCAUUGGACAAAAGUCGACACAAGGCAAAGGAGCUGGACAAGCUGAAGCAACAGCAGGGUAAGAUGGGAAUCAAAUCAAGCACAGGAUUUGGAGGUGGGGGCAUGGGUAACAUUGGAAAGGAUAUUGUCAUCAACCCAUCAACAACUACCACCUCUGAAAAACCAAAGACUACUGCAUUCACUGCUCCCAUAAGACCAUCGGGAACAGGCAAGGCACUAAAGAUUGGAGGUGGAAAGAGAGAUGUUGAUUCAUUUGUUGAUCAACUGAAAUCUGAAGGCGAACAGGUAGCCUCACCGACCAGUCAGCAGAAGCAGUCAGUGGCUACAAAGGCAGCAAUACCUGCAUCCAAUCAAGAAUCAGUGCAUUUGCAACUUGAGGAGAAGAUAGUGCUGGCAGCAGGUAGGGAGGGAGGUCUGCAGAAUCUCGAGGUACAUGGCCUCCUCACACUCAGGAUCAGCAGCGACAAGUAUGGCCGCAUCAAGGUGGGCGUCAGAAACAAGGACGAGAAGGGCAUUCAGUUGCAGACCCAUCCAAAUGUAGACAAGAAACUCUUCCAAUCAUCUUCUAUCAUAAGUUUGAAGAACCCAGAGAAGCCCUUCCCAAUCAACACAGAUGUUGGAGUUCUCAAGUGGAGGUUUCAAACGCAAGAUGAUGCUUUCAUGCCUCUAUCAAUUAACUGUUGGCCCAAUGAGGCUGGGUCAAAGUGUGACGUCAACAUUGAGUAUGAACUUGAAAGGACAGACAUGGAACUGAAUGAUGUCGUCAUUUCUAUACCAACCCCAUCGGGCAGUGGUUCGCCAGUUGUGAACGAUUGCGAGGGCGAGUACAAGUACGACUCACGUAAGAACGUUCUGGAAUGGAAGUUACCUGUUGUCGAUGCUUCAAACAAGACGGGCUCCAUGGAGUUUUCAGUGGCUGGUCGGGCCAACGACUUCUUUCCCAUUAACGUCUCCUUUGUUUCCAAAAAACCAUACUGCGACAUCGAGGUUGAUUUUGUGAAGGAUGUUGAUGACGACAGCGAUGUCAGGUAUUCUUCUGAGGUCGUCUUCUACGCUGAUAAAUAUGAAAUAUUAUAAAUUGGUUCAUUAUUAUUAUUUUAUUAUUAUUAUUCUCAAUAAUGCCGUUAUCAUUGUUAUUAGUACUUAUUAUUGUUACUUAUUAUAUUAUUAUUGUAAAUUUUUGUUGCGUUUUAUACGUAAUAUUGUGCGUAAACAAUUUUUAAAUAAGAAACCCUACUUGACAAUGAACAAACAAGUUGGUUAAUUAUUUGUAUAAUAUUUGUGAAAAGUUUCCGUUAAAGUUCGUAUGUUUCAUUGUAUAAUAAUAGUUUAUCAAUAAAUUGAAAGAUCAAUUUGAUAGAUGUGUGAGGUUCCAAUGACGACGAAAGUGAAUCCUGGCAUGACUAUGGAUACUUAAUUACCGACUGACCGUUGAUGAGUGACAUGACCCACAUACUGACUAACGAACGACUUGACCUAAGUACUGACUGGUGACAUAACGCUCAAUGAAAUUUUGAAUCUGACUUUCUGACAUAGGACGUUAGCUGGUUAACUUUCACUAACCGCCACAAUGUUUAGGAUACUUACAUAUGAUGUUUAGGGUAGGUUACUGCUUACAAUUAUUCAACAGUUUGAUGGUUAAGACAUUUGAAAUGUUUUUUUUUCUCACGGCAAGUAUGAAAUUAGUAUUUAUAUCUUCGAAAAAACGUUUUAAAGAUUGAGUUCUGCUUUAUUAGUCAAGUGAUAAUAAUAUGGUAAUAUAAU